AAAUGUAAAAAAAAGAAGAAUAACGUCCGUUUCCUAUUGUUCCAUGUGGUUGUACUGAGAUAAAAACGUAACUACACCUUGCCUGUAAAGUUGUACUAUUUGGAUUUUUAUAAAAAUAUAUAUAUUUUAAACAAUCGGAGAAUUCACAACACUCGUGUGGGGAACUAAAAAUGCAGCACGACGAUGUUAUCUGGGAUGUCAUAGGAAACAGAGCGUUCUGUUCCUUCAAAGUCAAGACAAAGGUUCAGAACUUCUGCCGGAAUGAAUACAAUAUAACUGGGCUUUGUAAUAGGUCAUCUUGCCCACUAGCAAACAGUCAGUAUGCAACUAUAAGAGAGGAGAAAGGUCAAUGUUUCUUAUAUAUGAAGGUUAUUGAGAGGGCAGCCUUCCCUGCCCGAAUGUGGGAGAAGGUGAAACUUAGUAAGAACUAUGAGAAGGCUCUGGAACAGAUUGACCAGAACUUGAUCUAUUGGCCCCGUUUCAUCAGACACAAAUGUAAACAGCGCUUCACCAAGAUCACACAGUACCUCAUCCGUAUCCGCAAGCUCACACUCAAACGACAGAGGAAACUGGUCCCCCUUAGCAGAAAGGUGGAGGCAAGAGAGAAAAGGAAAGAGGAAAAGGCCCUGAUUGCUGCACAGCUUGAUAACGCAAUAGAGAAAGAACUGCUGGAGAGACUGAAACAAGGAACGUAUGGCGACAUCUACAACUUCCCCAUCCAUGCCUUUGAUAAGGCACUGGAGCACCAGGAUGAGGAGAGUGAGACUGACUCAGAGGAGGAGGAGGAUGAUGAGGAUGUUGGAAAGAAAGAAUUUGUUGCUGAGGAUGAAAUAGAAGAGAGCGAUCUCAGUGACUUUGAGGACAUGGACAAUCUGAAGGCAGGCAGUGAUGAACAUGAAGAAUCCAGUGAAGAGGAUGAGUCUGAAGAAGAGAUGGAAGAGGAGCCUGAGGCCUCAGGCUCCAAAGGAAAGAUGCCCCUCAAAGGCGCUGUAUUCAGGAAGAAAAGGGCCUAUGUGGAGAUUGAGUAUGAACAGGAGAUGGAACCUGUCCCCAAAAGCAAGGCAACAUAGUCAGACUUCCUCUGACAUGGACUCUAGGCCUUUCUUAGUUUGGAAGGUUAACCUGGUUAUGUUGUCUGGAACGAUUACUACUGGAAUGCAAUCAAGACUUUUGGUUCUUUGAGCUGUCAAGAAUGUUUUGCCUAAUGGGACUGUACUUCCAGUAAUUUGUCAAUGUAUCACUCCUGGGUGGAUUAUGAGGAUGGGGCGUAAUCCUGUGAUCAGACUUGACCCCAUUCAAUUUGCACAAGUCUGAAAUAAGUGAAUUUAGACCCACCAUUAACGCCAUUUAAAAUUAUUUGCUGUCUUAAAUUCAGUUUUUCCACAUACAGGUCCUCUUCUGCCCAUUUGUUCAAAUGAAUAAAUCUCAAUCCCGAGUAGCCUGACAAUAGUGUAAUGUCUUAAACCUGGCUGAAAAAGAGUUUCUGCUGUUUGAUAAAUGACUUACCAAAUCUCCCCAGCCAGCGAUGUUUUAAUAAAUACAGUGAAUCCAUGACACACAGAUUGGAACAUGUCAGUUUACUGUAUAAUAGCACUUGGGUCAGUCUUAUAUUGCCAGACUACAUAGAUGAUGAUCCAGGUUCUGUCAGUCCUGCUCAAUUAACCACAUUCAUCUUGAUCAUAUCACUGUUCCAGAUAUCCAUAGAUGUGGGCUUCAUUUCCAAUGGAGGAAUGAACACUGUAGAUAUGUCAUCUUUGGGCCAUUGUGACUGUCUCUAUGCAUCUCAGCACAUAGGUGCUGGUGCAGCUGCUGUCGACAUCCUUUAGAAGCAUCUGAAGAAAGAAUAGUUACCAUUAAUAUACUGAACAAAAAUACAACUAUUUCAAACUUUGACUGAUUUUCUUAUGAACUCAAUUGAAAUAAAGUAGGCCUUUAAUCUA